AUGAUUUUUAUUUAUGGAUACUGGUCGUAUAGCAAAGAGUUGAUUAUAAAAUAUGGUCCAGUAUUCAGAUUUUGGGUUUUAAAUGAACCUAUUGUUUAUAUCAACGAUCCUGAUGAUCUCAAGGUAGUGUUGAGUAGUACAUCAAAUAUUGAUAAGAGCCCAGAAUACCGUUUAUUGCACCCAUGGCUUAAUACAGGACUUGUUACCAGCACAGGGAAAAAAUGGCAACAACGUAGAAAAAUUGCAAAUACUGCAUUCCGUUACAAUUUACUUCAAGAAUAUUUCCAGACUUUUGCAGUGAAAACUAAUAAUCUUAUCGAAAUUCUUCGGGCGGAAACUGAUGCAGGUGACAUUAUCAAAGAGCUUCGUCCCAUCACAGCUUCAGUAGCAAUAGAAAUUAUAUGUGAAACAGCCAUGGGAACAUUGGUAAAAAAUAAUAAUAUCAGCUCAAAUAAAUAUUACAAUGCAGUUCAUAACUUUGGAAGAAUUUUCAACUACAGACUGGCGAGACUUUGGCUGUAUAAUGAUUGGAUUUUUUUAAUGACAUCUAAAGGCCAUGAGUUAUCAAAUAUUGUAAAAAUACUCCAUGGGUUUACUGCAAAUAUUAUUAAACAAAGGAAAGAAUAUCACAAUGAAACUGAGGGAAAGUAUUUGUCAAUAGAAAAUACCCAAGAAGAUGAGGAAGUUGUAAAAAGUAAGAGAAAAAAGCUCGCUCUUUUGGACUGUUUAAUAGCAGCAUCUAAAAAUAAUCAGGCGAUUGAUGAUGAUGGAAUACAAGAAGAAGUUGACACAUUUGUUUUUGCAGGUCAUGAUACUCUGAGCAGUGCAUUGCUUUGUGCUAUCAAACUACUUGCUGAGCAUAAAGAUAUUCAGGCAAUUGCUAGAAAAGAAGUCAAUCAAGUCUUGAAGGAGACAGAUGGGGAAAUUACAAUGGCUGCAGUUCAGCAAUUUUGUUAUUUAGAAAGAUGUAUCAAAGAGACAUUGAGAUUUUAUCCAAGUGUUCCUGUCAUAUUUCGAAAAAUAACUGAAGAUGUCCAUUUAAAGAAUUAUUUAAUACCAGCUGGUACAAAUUUAAAUAUUCAUAUUUACAACGCUCACCAUGAUCCUAAUUUUUGGCCUAAUCCUGAAGUAUUUGAUCCAGAUAGAUUCUUGCCAGAGAAUAGUAUCGGACGACAUUCACAUGCCUAUGUACCAUUUAGUGCUGGUCCACGUAACUGUAUCGGUCAAAAGUUUGCUAUGAUAGAAUUAAAAACAAUUAUCGGAGGAUUAUUGCAAAAUUUUCAAUUUGAUACAGUAGAUGGUCAAGACACAGAUGACAAUCAAAUGAAAUGGCAACAACGUAGAAAAAUUUUAAAUAAUGCAUUUCAUUACAAUGUACUUCAAGAGUAUUUCCACACGUUUUCAGUGAAAACUAAUAAUCUUAUCAAAAUCCUUCGGGCUGAAACUGAUUCAGAUGAAAUUAUCAAGGAGCUUCAUCCCAUAACAACUUCAGUGGCAAUUGAAAUUAUAUGUGAAACAGCCAUGGGAACACUGGUAAAAGAUAAUGUCAGCUUAAAAAAAUAUUACAAAGCAGUUCAAGCUUUUGAAAAAACUUUUGUUUACAGAGAAUCGAGAUUUUGGCUGCAUAAUGAUUGGAUAUUUGCAAUGACCUCUAAAGGCCAGGAGUUAUCAAAAAUUAUGACCAUACUCCAUGGAUUUACGGCGAGUAUUAUUAAACAAAGGAAAGAAUAUCACAAUGAAACUGAAAGCAAGUACUUGAAUAUAAAAAGCACCCAAGAAGAUGACAAUGAAGAAGCUGGAAAAUGUAAGAGAAAGAAGCUCGCUCUUUUGGAUAGUUUGUUAGCAGCAUCUAAAAAUAAUCAGGCAAUUGAUGAUGAUGGAAUACAAGAAGAAGUUGAUACAUUUGUUCUUGCAGGUCAUGAUACUGUAAGCACUGCAUUGCUUUGUGCAAUUAAACUACUUACUGAGCAUAAAGAUAUUCAGACAAGAGCUAGAGAAGAAGUCAAUCAAGUCCUGAUGGAGAUAGAUGGAGAAAUAACAAUAGCUGCAGUUCAACAAUUUUGUUAUUUAGAAAGAUGUAUUAAAGAGACUCUAAGAUUGUGUCCAAGUGUCCCUCUCAUUGGUAGGAAAAUCACUAAAGAUGUCCAACUAAAGAACUAUUCAAUACCAGCCGGAACAACUUUAAACAUUCAUAUUUACAAUGCUCAUCAUGAUCCGAACUACUGGGUCAAUCCCGAAGUAUUUGAUCCAGAUAGAUUCUUGCCAGAGAAUAGUAUUGGACGACAUUCACAUGCUUAUAUUCCGUUCAGUGCAGGACCAAGAAAUUGUAUUGGUCAAAAGUUUGCUAUGAUAGAAUUGAAAACAGUUAUUGCUGGAUUAUUACACAAUUUUCAUUUUGAACCAGCAGACGUUGAAGGCACUGAUGAUAAUCAAUUGAUCCAAGAAAUCGUUUUGAAAUGGACCAAGCCAGUUUACGUUAAAUUCAUACCAAUUUUAAAUCCAUGA